CCCUCUACCGGCGGGUGCAGCUGUCGCCACUACCACUGCGGUCGCCGCAUGCAAGGGCUUCUGGGAGCCGAGCCUCGGGGUCUCGGGGAAGGGGCGCAGGUAGCCGCCAUCUUGAGCUGCGAACCUUGUCGCUACGUUCAACGCUAGGGGCGGAGUGGCGACCCUACUGUUACCUGCAGCGGACGCAGCAACCGGGAACUGGGAAGUUAAGGCAUCGGGUACUGCCACAUUAAUGGGUUCCCGAGGGAGACCGCGGUGGCGGGGGCGUGGCAGCCGGACCUAUUCCUUACUGACGCGAAGGUGCGGGGAAUACAGAUCCUCGCAGGCAGCCAGGCUGGCCUUCGGAGGGAUCCUUAAACGGCCGAGCUCAUCCUCCUGCGGCUCGGCUUCUCCGUGCCUUGAUGCAAUGGCUAGUCCAGGGAAAGAUAACUAUAGAAUGAAAAGUUACAAGAAUAAAGCCCUAAAUCCCCAAGAAAUGCGUAGACGAAGAGAAGAAGAAGGAAUACAGCUUCGAAAACAAAAAAGGGAAGAGCAGUUGUUCAAACGCAGAAAUGUCUCUUUGCCCAGAAACGAUGAGUCUAUGCUAGAAAGUCCUAUCCAGGAUCCAGAUAUCAGUUCCACUGUCCCCAUUCCAGAGGAAGAAGUUAUCACCACAGAUAUGGUUCAGAUGAUUUUUUCUAACAAUGCUGAUCAACAGCUAACAGCAACACAGAAAUUUAGAAAGCUGCUUUCCAAAGAACCUAAUCCACCAAUUGAUCAGGUUAUACAGAAACCAGGAGUUGUACAGAGAUUUGUGAAAUUUCUUGAAAGAAAUGAAAAUUGUACUUUACAGUUUGAAGCUGCAUGGGCAUUAACUAAUAUAGCAUCUGGAACUUUUCUGCAUACCAAGGUAGUGAUUGAAACUGGGGCUGUUCCAAUUUUUAUCAAACUUCUUAAUUCAGAGCAUGAAGAUGUGCAAGAGCAGGCUGUUUGGGCACUUGGUAAUAUUGCUGGUGACAAUGCAGAAUGCAGAGAUUUUGUUUUGAAUUGUGAAAUACUUCCACCUCUUUUAGAGUUAUUAACAAAUUCAAACAGACUUACAACAACCAGAAAUGCUGUAUGGGCCCUCUCAAAUUUAUGUAGAGGCAAAAACCCUCCUCCAAACUUUAGUAAGGUUUCACCUUGCUUAAAUGUCUUGUCACGAUUGUUGUUCAGCAGUGACCCAGAUGUAUUAGCAGAUGUAUGCUGGGCCCUUUCUUAUCUUUCUGAUGGACCCAAUGAUAAAAUUCAAGCAGUCAUUGAUUCUGGAGUCUGUCGAAGAUUGGUGGAACUUUUGAUGCAUAAUGAUUAUAAAGUUGUAUCGCCUGCAUUAAGAGCAGUUGGUAAUAUUGUGACUGGUGAUGAUAUUCAAACACAGGUAAUUUUGAAUUGCUCUGCAUUACCAUGUCUCUUACACUUGUUGAGUAGCCCAAAGGAAUCAAUCAGAAAAGAAGCCUGCUGGACUGUUUCUAACAUCACUGCUGGAAAUAGAGCUCAGAUUCAGGCUGUUAUAGAUGCAAAUAUUUUUCCUGUUUUGAUUGAGAUUCUUCAGAAAGCAGAGUUUCGCACCAGGAAAGAAGCAGCUUGGGCUAUAACUAAUGCAACAUCAGGAGGUACUCCAGAACAAAUAAGGUAUUUGGUAGCCUUAGGUUGCAUUAAACCACUUUGUGACCUGUUGACUGUUAUGGACUCUAAAAUAGUCCAAGUGGCUUUAAAUGGACUUGAAAAUAUUUUACGUCUUGGAGAACAAGAAUCUAAGCAGAAUGGAAUAGGCAUUAAUCCAUACUGUGCUCUCAUUGAAGAAGCAUAUGGUCUGGAUAAAAUUGAAUUUCUGCAAAGCCAUGAAAAUCAGGAAAUUUACCAAAAGGCUUUUGAUCUGAUUGAACAUUACUUUGGUGUGGAGGAAGAUGACCCCAGCAUUGUACCUCAGGUGGAUGAAAGUCAGCAACAGUUCGUAUUUCAGCAGCAGGAAGCACCAAUGGAAGGAUUUCAACUUUAACUUGAGCAGUCAUUGAAAAGUUUCACUUUCUGUGUAAUAAUAAACUUGGGUACUUGAAUGACAAAAUUAUCCUGAAGAGAUCACCUUGUUACGUGUUAAAUUUUAUUAAAUGGACUUAAUGUUUGGACACUAAAGGAUGACACUAAUGAAAAUUGCUAAGGACUCUUUAAUAUAGUUGAAAUCUGUACUAGGAAUUGUUUUUUUCAUUUUUUCAUGAUAGUUGGAGGGCCAUACUGCUGCUUGUUGUAAAUCAGUGUAUUAAGUUACAUUUGUAUCAGAUUGGUCAACAUAAUGUACAUGUUUUAUGUUUUAACAGCAAAAACCUCUUCAAACCAUAAAGCUUUUAAAAAAAGUUUCAAUAGGAAAAGUAUAUAUAUAUAUAUUUAUUUAUAGAUACAUAUGUAAAUGGUGUCUGUGUGUUAUUUUCACAGUGAUGUACUUGGUAGAGCUUUCUAAGCAGAUGUGGUACUGUUGAACUCAGUCUUUUCGUUUAUAGUUAUAUGCAGGCUAUUUACACUUCUAAUUAUAUACCUAAAGUACUUAUUUAAAAAUUAGUAUACAACUGUUUUAAGAUGGGAACUAAAGCAUUUUUGAUAUGAUUCAUAGUCUAUUCUGUAAAGAAAGAUUUCAUUUAUGAUAGCAUUUAUAAUGUUUCUGCUGGAAAUCAGAGGCAUGUUACAAGAAGAAAAUGUAUAUAGGAAUACUUUUAAAUAGUAUGACACUUUGUAAAUUAUGUAUCAUGAAACUAUGCUUUUGGCAAGACACUUAAUACCUACAGCUAUAAAAUACAGGUUUAAAUGGUGUCCAUAAUGCUGACUGUAUCUGCCAAACCCCUUUUUAUAUAUUGUUAAGUAGAGGAUUGUAUCUGUGCCCUUUUUAUUGUAGUGGAAGUUAGAAAGUUUAGUAUAACAAGUUUUUCUCUUGUGUUAUGUAUAGUCAAAAGAACAGGGUAGUUAUAUCAAAGAUUAUCAAAUUGAUGGUGAAUUUAUGAGAUAAACAUUUUUUUGUGGUACAGAUGGUUCUAAGUAUCAGGUGACAGGGUAUUCCACUCUUUCUAAUCAAUUGAACUUGAUAAUCCAGCAUAAUUCAUAAACUAACCAGCUGUGCCUGCUUUUAUUUUGAGGACCCUGUAGUCACAUUAAUAAAUAAGCCAAGUCUUUCAAACAAAAUAGUUCUUAUAGAAGGAAAAAUAAUACAUAUGUGUGUGCAUACCCACACACAUAUAAAAUGAUUUUUGAGGAGACAGUUUUUAAAUUUUGCCAGUAAAAUCUUCUAUCUCUAACACAGAAUAUGACCAUAUUUCAAGCAUCUAAAUAUAGACUCAUAUUUAAUUUUUUAGAUCUGUUAUUUGGGUAAUUAAUUUGAUUAGAUUUGAAUGCAAGAGGGAGUGAGUAUCUAUCUAAUAGUUGGGACCAGCUAUGGACAUGCUGAUGACUUCAUUGAACCAAGACUAGCAAAUACUUUGUUACUAAAAUUUUUUUUUAUAUGACUACACUUUUCAAAUAAAAUAUUUAAAAUGCUCCAAAAUGUAUUUUCAUUAAU